AUGCCAACUUCAAGUCAAUCACAAAUUCUUUCUGUUGUUGAUUCUCAAUUACUUCAUCAACAACAACAACAACCACAACAACAGCAGAAGGCUACUGGCCAUUCUCGAACAACAAAAUCACCUGUUCGUAUUUCUGUUAAUCAAAAUCCAGGAAAUGAAUCGAAACGACGUUAUUCAAAAGACGAUCAUUCUCCACCACCUCCUAAUAUAAUAAAUAGACGACGAAGUUCAGAUAAACCUACUGAUGGACGAACAACUCAACGUAAUGAUAUACUUCAUAUGCCUGUAAUAUAUCUUAAUAAUGCGAAUAGAAAUGAACCACGAAUAAAUCGAACAAUUAAUACAUAUGGACAAACAAAAUCUACAUUUAAUGAACCAUCAAUGGAAUCAUAUCGAUAUCGUGGAUAUUCAUUAAAUUCUGAAAAUGAUGAACAACUUGAUUAUUUACAACGAUUAAAUCAAAAAAAAUUAUAUCCAUUACCAAGAGAAAAUGUCUCAUCAACAUCUGAUUUAGAUAAUAUUAAUGAUGAUGAAUAUUAUGAUGAUGGAAAUCGUGAACGUCGAGGAAGUUUAUUAGAUGAUAAUGCUCGUCGAUUACUUGUUUUGGGUACAAUACGUCCGUCAAAAACAUUUUAUAAAAAUUUACCAGAUGCUGAUGCUGAUCAUCUUAUGGAAUAUUUUCGUCGAAUGAAAAAUACACAACAUCGAGCAACAUCUGAAGAAAUCAAUGAAGAAUUAGCUACUAAAAUUGUUGAAUAUAAACCAAAAAUGUUUUUUGAUUCAACUUGUGUAACAAAACAUCAAGUAACAAAUCUUGAAAAAAUCAUAGAACAAUAUGUUGAUGAAAUUCGUGAUCAAAAAGCUGAAUUUGAUAAACUUGAAAAUCCAAUGCGUUUUAUUAUAAAACAAGUUGAUAAUAAUAAACCAUUAGCAACAAUACCACGUGAAUAUAAUGAUUGUUUUAUAACACUUGCUACACGAUCAGAUCCAUUACGUAAAUCAGAUUUAAUUAGUGAUCUUGUUCAAGAUGAAUUUUUAGAAACUAUUAAAGCAAAUUCAUUAGAUAUCAGUUAUUUUCCCGGUGGUGUAAAUUAUGAUGUACCACAUGAUGAUAUUGAUGAAAAUGGUCAAAUGAAACUUGAAACAUAUCAAAAAUUAAAAAAACGUUUAAAUAAUCGCAAAGUCUGGUAUUUUAGUGAUCCACCAGAAAAACGACCAAAUGCUUUAUUAGCUAUUAUUCCAUGUGAUCUAUCAAUUAAUAUUGAUCAUCAGAUAUUAUAUGAUACACUUUGUGAUACAUUAAAAACAUUUUCAUCAAAUAAUAAUUCAAAUGUUGAAGAACAAAUACUAUCUAUAGAAUUUGUUCCAUUAAGUUGUAUAUUAAAUUCACUUGAUCAAUCAAAUCAAUUUAUUAUUGAGUGUGAUACAAUAGAAACAAAACGACAAUUAAUGGAAAAACCAUUAAGAAUUAUUUUAAAUAAACAUUCAAUAAUUAUUGAAUUACAUUCUUAUGAUGAAGAUAUUCAUCGAGAAUAUGAGAAAUUUAUAAAAGCAGAAAAAUAUCGAGAAUUAAUUAAAAAUCAUGAUGCAGCAGUUAAACGAACAUCAACAAAAUAA